CUUGUUGGGCUCCCCCUUGCAACGACCAAACAGCCCCUUCUUCCUCCUCGCUCGAGCGCCGCCACCCAUCCCGCUGCCGAGUGCCCGAGCCCCCUAGCUCGUCUUCCUCCUCGCGCGAGCGCCUCCACCGCAGGUUGAUCUCCCCUUCGAUUCUCUCGCUUCCGACCUUUUCUCCUCCCAUCACCCCACGAACGGAUUCCGCCCUUUAGCUCCCCGUUUCAUAAUCUUCCCCAAUCCGUAACUGAGGCAAAAAUCAAGGUAGGGCGGUCCGCCCGUGGCCAAAACGAGAGCAAAAUUUGGUGAAGGUGGGGAUGGAGACCUGGAACCAAUCGUUUGGCACAUCCUAUAAGAUCAGGUUAGUCCAUAUCCUUAAGAAUCUCCACACCUCGGAGGUCAAAAUCUACUCAGACGCGUCGAGGGAGUUCAUCGAGCUAUUGAACGGCGAGUCUGGUGGUGAGGUGCUGCGCGAGUACGUGCAGCAGUCUCCGCGGCUCGUGGAGCUGGUGGAGGCAUGGAGGUUGCACCGGGAGAAGCCUGGGAUGGCGUACAUACUUUCGCUCUUUGCCACUGUCCUGGGCCACCCUGGCGGUAAGUCGCGGCAGCAUGCAUUGUCAAAGAAGAGCUUGGACGGAGUUGCUAGGACGAUACUGGAGGAUAAGGAGAAGAUGGGGGAUGUGUACCUGGAGCUGAACAGUGGUGAGUUCCGGCGGCAGAAUGCUGUGCUGGAUUUGCUUGCUGCAAUUGUCCGGCGUGGUGGGGGGUUGGCAUCAGAAGUUGCCAACAGCUUUGAUUUUAAGAUGGCUGUUCUGCCGCAACUAGCAGGGAUACAGAAGAAGAAAGGGGGCAGGGAUGGGAGGAACCAGAAAAAGGGUGCUAAUUUUGGGUCUACAAGGCGGUCACUUGUUGGGUUUGCCAUGUCAUUCCUGGAGGUUGGGAACCCGAAGCUGCUAAGAUGGGUCCUUCAACAGAGGGAGCUUUACUCAGGGGUGCUACGAGGGAUUGGAGAAGAUGACGCCGAGACUGUUGUGUAUGUCCUCUCAACAUUGCGGGAUAAUGUUUUGAUAGAGGAGUCACUUGUCCCACCAGGGCUGCGGAGUGUCCUUUUUGGAAGUGCCACAUUGGAACAGCUGAGCUUGCUAGCAGGGAAUUUAGAUUCCGGGGAAGCUGCUGACAUUGCUCAUGAAGUGUUAGUCAUGGUGUGCACUGAUCCAAAAAAUGGAUUAAUGCCAUCCUCACACUUGAGAGGUAACGAGAAACGUUUGCUGGAUCUUAUGAAGAAGUUGAAAGCUACUGAGUCUGUUCACCACAAGAAUUUGUUGCUGACUGUUGUGAGUAAGAGGCUUUUUCUUUGUUCGGCAUACAUGAAUGAGUUCCCUUACAAUAUUGAACCACGGUCAUCUCCCUCAUGGUUUGCUGCCAUCUCCUUAGCAGCGGAUAUAAUAUCUUCAGCAAAAUGUGAUAGCAUAUUUCAUAGUCUUUUGUCACAUGAUCUGAUAUCUGCCGAUGAUGAACAAGUCCAGGUAGUUCUGAAGUGCAUUGUGCCCCAUGUGUGUUCUCGAGCCAUGAUAAACAGGGGAUUGCUGCAUUCUGAUCAUCUCGUGAAACAUGGUUCUCUGAGGCUUGUAUUUGAGUCAGUGAACCUAUUAUGUUAUGUUAUUGAAGCAAUCAAUGGAGUGGUAUCAAGUGCGAGAUUGACAUCAGAAUUCAUUGGCUCAACAAAAGUAGAAGUCAGAACUAACAGUUUCCCAGGAUUAAAUUGUUCCGCUGCAACAGAUGCAUCCUUGGUAGAUACGAUUCAUCAGAGAGAUGAAAUGCGUGUCAAGAGGUGGAUAUCUCUGAGAGAAUACAUUCUAGAUGAAGUGCGUGGAGCUAUCCCUGAUCCACAGGUCCUUCUUAAGCUACUCUCUUCUGCCAGUCAAAAACAUCAAGAUUGUUCUCAGAGUAGACCAAAGACAAACAAUCAGCUUUAUGAGCCUCCUCCAAAGAAACAGAGACGUUGUGCUACUGAUGAUGAUGCUGAUAUUAUUAUUGGCGGGAUUGAUAUUGAGCAGGAUGAGGAUGAAUCUGACUUGGCAAAUGAUCAUGUUACCACUUUGUGUGAGAUAUGGGGCUUAGAUAAGCUAGAUCCGGAGAUGUGUGCUUUAGAAGUGGUAGACAAUGUUUUCCACUCGAAGUUGCUUGAUGUUCUCCGGCUCUAUUUGAGGGCAAUGCCCAGUUCGUUUGAUGGAUCAUUUGACUUCUUUAGGGUUAUACCACCUAAUCUGUUGGACCUGUCCAAGGAUGAGCAACAGUGCUUAUUAUCUCUUUUGUCUGAGUAUGCAGGGCAAUGUGAGGGACAUUGGGAUCCAGAGAGAGUUCCAGAAUCAAUGUACAAGCAUUUGCAACCACUGAUUGACAUCAUGUUGCAUUCACAAGUUAAGAGCAUCCGUGAUCAAGCUUACAUUUUAGUUAAAGCUGCUCUAGCAAGUUCUGGAGCGUUUGAUCAGAACUCCGCUGAGAUUGAUGCAUGGUUGGUUUUCCUGCCGGGUUAUGAAGCUAAAUGUUGUGGAGAGAGCCCAGGAGUCAGAUCAUCUAAUAAACUGUCACACGUUGUGAUCCCUUUCCUUUGCGAUGCUGUUUCAAUGGUUGGGAACAAUUUGUACAAAUACCAAGAGCACAUGCGGAAAUUUAUCUCGAAAUCAGGCCAGUUUAAAGGCUAUUCUCCAGCUUUCAGUCCUCUGAUUGUUUGUGUUCUUCAGAAAUGCCUUAGGCUACUCGACUCGGAGUCUGGAGGUAUGAAAUUACAUGAGAAAUCCACAAUUUCAUUAUAUGUGUGCAACACAAUCUACCUUAUUCUGCAAUCCCAGGUAGACGGGCAAUUACUUCUUGAUCUUAUCGGUGCCAUUCUAAAUGAGAGAUUUGAUAAAUUUUCAUCAGAAGAAAUACACUCCAGGAUUUAUUUUGCUGAAUGGAGACCAUUGGUAGAUUUGCUGCAUAUCUCGAGGAGUUUCUCGGACCAACGAAGUUUGAGUUUCUUGGACACCAGGGAACUGUCUUCUGAACUUCAUUCAAAUUCUUUGUCCUCUGUAACUAGAAAGGUUCAAGAGAUGUUAAGUCAGCCAAACACUAAUUUGCCAGACGAUGUGGCGACAGCAUUCUUAUUUUCAAUCCUGUGCGCACCUCUAGAGGAUAUUAUCCGUAGCUUUCCAGAUAUUAUUGAUGUCAUGAAAACACAGUUUCCUUCUCAUUUACAAUUCUUGUCAUCGGUUCUUUUUCUGCAACAUGAUUAUCUAGCUAAAAUUGCUAGUUGUUGGCCAGAUAUGUUCUUCUGCAGUCUCAGAAAGAUCGUGGAUAAUAAUGUUGAGGACAAACACGAAAACUACUCAAUUUCUACAGAAUCAACUGCAAUGAGUACAUUUCUAAAUGUGACUCCGUCCUGUGUGCUCUUACCUUCAGUAUUAAGCCUAAUGUUUUCUGCACCAGCUGAAAUUGGGGAGGAUCAUGUAUUGCCACGUGAUGCAUUUGUACAACUUUUCCAAAUUAAGAUCUCUGAAAGUACAAUCAGUGAGUUGUCAUUUCAUCUUAGAGUUGUCUUGUUUUGGAGCAAUCGCUUGUUAUCGUCAUACACUAUAAAGUGUUCGGAUGUUCUUGAACAACUAUGCCAUGUAUGCUUCACUCUUGUUGAUAACAUAUUUGAGCGCAUUCGAGUUUUGACUGCUGAUCUAAAAUCUUCAGCUGCAUCCUGUCCAGUGGAAUGUUUCCAAGACAUUGUUGAAUCUGUUCUCCAGCAUCCUAUAAUUGCCCUGUCUUUUCCCUGUGAAAGAGAGGAAGUAAAUGGCCUGUCUUUGCCGUGUUCCAUAUCGAAUUGUCCGGACUUGACAGAUGGGAGUGUGGAAGAUGUGAAAGAAGCGUUUGCUAGUUUUUCAAAGGAAAAUCUGCACCCUGUAGAUGGCUUUGUUUUGAAUCUUCUGAGUAAACUAUAUGACCUUUUAUCAUUGGCUGAUAGCUUUGAAGCUAACUACUAUGACAAUGACGGUCGAUCCCUACAAUCAGUGUUUGCUUCCCCAAAGGUCAUGCUAGAAAGAAUAUUAUUGUUGUUUGAGGAGAAAUUUAAACUCUGCAUGGACAAAGGGAACUUUGGACUGCUUUUGCCAAAUUUCUACAUGGUUCGGGUGCUAACAAAAUUCAUGUCCCCGGUCAAACUUAUGGAACUUGCAAAUUGGAUGUUCUCAGAGUUAGAACGUUGUGUUUCAAGUUGUUCAGCUGCAUUUGCUCCCGCUGAUUUUGUAUGUCUCUAUAUUGCUGAUAUUGCCAUGGAAUUCAUGUACGAUUGUCUACAACAAACUGACCAGAGAUCGUCCUGUCAAUCAUGGGACCUGAAGAUUCGAAAUUCUGAUAUUGCCACCAUUCAACGAGCUUAUCAUAUCAUUCUUCAUUUUGCUACUAAAUUGAAUCUUGAAUUUGCUGAUGUUUGCUUGCUGAAGAUGCUGAUUCGUAUCCAUGAUGCAGAAAGAUCUGCAGGACAGGAUACUAAAUAUGCUGCAUUCCACAUGAUGUUAUCUACCAUGGUCAUCAACACUCCCCUUGGCAUUCUUCAUCACUGUAUGUUCCCCACAUCCAAGGUUAAAGCAAAAGCUAUAUGGUUGCUACUGGAAGCAAGUUCUAUGCACAUGAACUUUUUUGGCCAGAUGUUGAUGAAAGUUCUAGAAAAGGACACUUCUGUUCUGCAAGACAUGGACUGUGAUUCUAAUUCUUCAUGGGUUCACGAGGAUAGCGCUGUACUUCUCUUGCCUGCUGCUUUGUCAUACAUGAAGCAUCACAGUGAUAGCCAUGUGCAAUGGGUUGAAUUCCUUGAGCCAGUUCUGAACUUUUAUAGUGAAAUUCUAUUGGGCAAUCAUGGUUUUCCAUGUUGGAAAAGUUUUAUUAGUAGGAGCAUUUUUGAGGAAAAAUUUAGUGACUUUAGAUACAAAUCAGUUGAAGACAUAAUGGAUUAUUUCAAUGACACUCUCCUGGGAAAGUCAAUUACCUUGUUGCGCUACUACUUGUCUUCAAAAGAAAUAUCCUGGAAGCAACGCUUGGAAAUAAUUACUUCAAUUUGCCCUCAAUCAUAUGAGCUAUUAGAUUCUGAUGUCAAUGAUAUUAAUCCUGGCUCACCCAAUGGCAUUUUGAAGCUUACUAAUGAAAUGUUUGCAAAGAUAUCUCUGAUUAGGUUGUUGCUAUCUCCUCCCAGAAUUUUGUUAUCCAAUGAGGCAGCCUUGGAUAGGGAGUCCAAGCGAGUGAACAAUGCUAAGCUAAAUUUCAUAAGCAUCUUGGUCAGAACUUUGGAUAAAAUACGCUCGAAUUUCCCUCGGUGUGAUGGCUUCUUAUCCCACUCAGAGAAGGAGCAAAAUAUCAUCUGUUCUUUGGAAUAUACAAUUCUCAAGAACAUCAUCGAACUAUCUUCAGAGAUCCAAGCUCAUCUGAACCAAUUGAAGGCAAUACCUUUCCUUAACCAGUUCAUCAGAUCAUCUCUCUUGCAUAGAUUCAAUGAUCAUGUCGCAAUAAAAGCAAUUCGAUGUAUUCUUGUUGUAUUAUCAGAAGGGAAGUUUGCUGCUGCUGAAAUUCUUGAGCUCAUACUGAGCCACUCUCAUUUUCUGUUGGCAAUAACCUGCAGUGAAGUUUCUGAAAAUCCAUCUGCAUGUAAUCCUACAGGGAGCCUUCUACAGCCAGCACCAAGCAUUUUAAAAUCAGUCAAUUCUUCUUUUGCUAAAGAAAGCAAGUUCCAAAUUUGCAUUGCACACAAGAGAAAAAGAGAAAUCAUCAGGUUACUCAGGGUACUGUAUGAUAUUAAGAGCAGCCAACAGAAUAACAGCCUAGUGAAUGAAUCAAGAGAGCUAAGUUUCUUGCUUUUAUCUGUUUAUGGUGCAACUAUGGGCGAAACAGAUUUGGAGAUACUUCAUCUUAUGAAUGAGAUAGAGUCAUUUGAGUGCAAAACCAUGGCUGAAGUGGAUCAUCUAUGGGGGAAUGCAGCUCUUAAAUACAGAGAAGAAUUGAAACUAGAUUCAUCAUCAUCAGAAAUCCAUAAUAAAACAGAGAAUACCGAAAAUAAUGGUAGGCGAAGGACGCUAUUUCGGGAGAACAUACCUAUUGAUUCUAAGCUCUGUAUCAUGACAGUCUUGCAGUUUUGCUAUAAAAGAUCUCCAAUGAAUUCUGUUUUCUCAUUGGAACAUCUUCGCCAGGAUAACUUUGUUGAUAUUUUGAAGACAACGUCUCAAAGCACGGAUAUGGUUCAGAUUUAUGAUCCUAUUUUUAUCUUGCGCUUCUCAAUUCAUACUCUUCUCGUGGGUUACAUUGAGCCCGUUGAAUUUUCCCGACUUGGGCUGCUUGCUAUAACUUUUGUUAGCAUAUCAUCUCCUGAUGAAGAAUUGAGGAAGCUGGGUUAUGAAUCUCUAGGAACAUUCAAAAAGACACUCGAGGCUUCUCAGAAAAGCAAGGAAAAAUGGCAGCUCCAGCUUCUUUUGACAUAUCUGCAGAAUGGGAUAUUUGAACCAUGGCAGAGGAUACCUUCCAUUAUUGCAAUUUUUGCCGCAGAAGCGUCUUUGACACUGCUGGAUGGCUCACAUACUCAAUUCAAUACCAUAAGCAAAUUUUUGAUGCAUUCAGCCUCUGUGAACUUACAGACAAUUCCAUUAUUUCCAACAUUAUUGAGGAGUAGUUCUGUGCAUUUCGAAGCCGAUCGAUUGUGGAUGCUUCAGUUAUUAUAUGCUGGAUUAAAUCUAACUGAUGAUGCUAUAAUAUGCAAGAGAGGAAGUGUUAUAGAGCUUGCUCUUGCCUUUUGUACUUCGGCUGUCGCAGAUUCUGAAUCGAAGCGUUUAAUCCUUCAGGUGCUAAAGAAGUGCGUGAAGCUUCCAGUUCUAGCUCAGCAUUUAGCAAAAGAUUGUGGUGUUCUGUCGUGGUUAUCCUCUGUUAUUUCAUCUCACAAUGAAGGACCGAACAGUGUUAAGAACUCCAGUUCUAAAAUAUUUGGGUUAGCAUUGGAGGUACUUAAUGCUUUGAUGUCAUCAAGAUUCAUUACAGAAUGGCUCCAAGAAACUGCGCUUGAGCAACUCUCAGAAAUAUCUAAAUACUUGUAUCUCCUAGUUCAAGAUGACAAAUCAUUGAGAGGAAAUAUUCCAAUGUUAACUUCAGUGCUAAAUGUGAUUGCAUCAACAAUGAGGUUGUCUAUGAAAAGGAAGAUAUACCAACCACAUUUUACCUUGUGUCUACACGGCAUAUUUAAGUUGUGCCAAGCUAUUGAUGGCAACUCAAGAAGCAUCGACCUUAAGCUUACAAUGGAACUUGGUAUUGAUGUUGUUCUUAUGAAUGGCCCACUGCCAAUUUUGUCUGAAAGGGAUAAGUCAAGAACCGCGAUGGUUGUAUCAUGGGCAACUUCUAAUAUCUUCUGGUUCUGUAACAAAAAAUCUGUACUCGAAAUGUCAUGCGAAGAGCUGCUAAGAAAUGAAUGUCUACUUUCAAAGAUAUUGCGUUGGUUAGUGGCUUCCAUAAUACUUGGGAGAAUCUCCUGCAUCUCUCCUGAAAAGCGGGGGAAUCUUUCCAUGAGCACCAAUAGUCCUGGAACUCUCCAGUCUUUCUUGAACUGCACAUAUGAAAGGGUUGAAAUGGUGGACAGUCACAUCGCAAAUGAGACACUAGCUAUCAUUAUACUUUACCUUCAAGAUCACGUGAAAAAAAACAGUGAUACUUUGCCAUCAGUUGUGACGGCUCUUUGCUUGUUGCUUCUUGACAGGUCCAGUAAACAAGAUCUGGUUGACAGUCGUGGACAAAUUGAAAUGCUUUGCGCAAAGAUACACUGUCCCGCCGAAUCUAAUCCUGCAUGGAGAUGGCAUUAUUACCAACCUUGGAGAGAUCCUGCUUUGCAGCACACUGCAACAGAACGCAUGGAAGUAGAGCAGGCCUGCCGAAGCCUCUUGAUUAUAUUCUCUAAUGCCUUCAGCGCUGGGUUGCCACCAGGUAUCCCGGUGCUGUCACUGGGUGAUGUUGAGAAGUCUGGCCUGUUCCAGUGGGAAAGAGACUCCAUGGUUAAACAACCUCAGACUUAGUUUGUUCAAGCUGGGACUGAUGACUUGAUGAGUACUGGACCAGCCCACUACAAAGAGUUUUUUUUGUUAGGAGGAUACCCUUUUCCCAGGAGAAAAAGUUGAAACACAAAUGUGGUUCCAGGUCUCUUCCGUCGAAGCAGAGAAUGGUCCGGGCCUUGAAAUGAUGUGGUGAUAUAAACGCGAAUGACUGAUCACUGGGGAGCAAAAAAAAGAACGCAGCAUAGUCCGAUGCCUGCGCUUUCCUAUAAUCGACAAUGUGUAUAGAUCCUAUUAACUUGCGUGCACGAAAAUCGUUUUGGCCACGCAAUGGGUGACAUCAUCUGAGGAACCCCAAUGAUUUGAUAACAGUGGUUUCGUCACGUCGUGUUUGAUGUGAUGUUAACGUAUCAGCUCAAAUCUCACUUAUUCUAAAAGGGUUGUCCGUUAUGUCGUCC